AUGGCUUCUAUAGAAACUGGUCGCCAACCUGCUGGCCGACGACCAGUUGACUUAAGGGCCAAGCGUCAACCUUCCUCGGAGAGGCCUGCGGCAGUAAACUGUCGCAUUGGGACUAGCGAUCAUAGAAUUUAUCGUCGAGGCGAAUACGAGGAUGUUAAGAAAACAGCUUCUACUCAGCAAGCCGAUCAAAAUUACCUCAAUUCUUCACCCUCGCCAUCAACUGUGCUAUCUGACACCGAAGCGGGGCCCCGCAAACGGUUUGUAACAAGACGUGAGCAGAACGUCGUUGGCAAACAGAAUGGGGAGCCUCCUGAGCGAAAGGACGACAAAGAGAAGUCUAAGAACAGCGGAGAGAGGAUGCGCGAUAAAGAACCAACCCUGAUUGAAGAAGAAGAUGAUGAAUGCAAAGACACACAUUCUCAGUCGAAAUUUCUGCACUAA